UGCGGUGUGAAAGUGCCUAAUAUAGAAUAGUGCUCUGUUUUAAUGAUUUCUUCUUAUUCUUAGUAUUUAUCUAAUUCUUCGCAAUUUUUCUGCUUUCAUACUUUUUCGGCCACAUUGUUGUGUUUGUCUGAUUUAUAUAUACACAGUCUGUUCUGAAUAUGUUGUGGCGUUUACCCUAAGAGGGUGCAUGUUUCUCCUGCAUGAUGAUUUGCUUCUUCUCUUUGGAGAUUGUGGAUGAGUACAAAAAGAGAGAGCAGGAGAACAAAGAUCUGGAGAAAGAGCUGGAAGAUAAGAGCGAUGCCCUGACCUCAUACCGACAGAACAUAUCAGAGGCUAAGGAGCGCUGGCUGAACCCUCUGAAGCAGCUGGUGGAGCAGAUUAAUGUGAAGUUUAGUGAUUUCUUCCGCUCCAUGCAAUGUGCAGGAGAGGUUGAUCUGCACUCAGAGAACGAGGUACAUGAUGACACAAAAGGAACAACACACACUGAUAUUAAGGGUUGAAAAACAAUUUAAGUG